AUGUCAGGUUACACAGCCAAACGACAGCUGGCCCAGCGCAAAUGCGGUGGACCUGGUCAGGGGAGGGAGCUACAAAGUCACAAACAUAGGCGAGUACGACACAAACAAGCCGAACAAAACCAAUCACCAAACAAAUACCAAUACGCAACAAAUAUACAAAUACCAAGCCAAACUCUAGGCUCAAAAUCUCGAGGCCUGAACGAAAAAAGAAUCUAA